AUGGUCUCCAGUCAAGAAGAUCAUUCAGUGGCAGAUGAUGUCACAAAGGAUGCGGUCUCUAAGACAAGCUACCAUGACAUUGACAAGAUCGAUAGCGGAGUCGGCCAAGCAGGCAUCAUCCACGAUGUCGCGCGUGUGAUUGACCACCAGGCUGAGCGUUCUCUUUGCCGGAAGUUUGACAUCAGACUAUUACCGAUCAUCGCUACCAUGUAUCUAUUCAAUGCGCUUGAUAAAGGGAAUCUUAGUAAUGCUCAAACUGAUGGGCUCAGUGACGAUCUAAACUUCAAGCCUAAUCAAUAUAACCUUAUCCUGUCGAUAUUCUUUGUUCCUUAUGUUGUCUUUGCGCCACCGAUAGCAAUGCUAGGAAAGCACUUUGGUGCUAACCGCACGCUUCCCAUACUCAUGUUUUCUUUCGGAUCAUUCACAAUGUUGGGAGCAGCGACCAGGAAUUUUGGUGGGAUCUUCACGCUCCGAUGGUUUCUGGGCAUGUCAGAGGCGGCCUUUUUCCCGCUUGUGAUUUACUACUUGACCACUUUCUAUCGCCGUGGGGAACUUGCUCGACGCCUCGCCAUCUUCUAUGCGGCUUCGAACAUCGCCAAUGCAUUCUCGGGUCUCUUGGCCUUCGGUGUAUUUCAAAUCAGGGAUACGAGAAUUGAGGGCUGGCGCUACCUUUUUAUCAUUGAAGGAGCAUCUUCGGUCCUCUUCUCCAUUUUCGCCUUUUGGUAUCUUCCACGCAGCGCUGCUGAGGCGAAAUUCCUCAACGAAGAUGAGAAGAGGUUGGCAUAUCAUCGCAUUCAGGUUGAUUCGAGCUCUGUUGUCAACGAGAAGUUCAACUUGCGCGAAGCUCUCGUCAUUUUCAAACAUCCGACUACCUAUGCAUUUCUGGCGAUCGAGAUCUGUUUGGGUGUUCCUCUGCAAGGAGUGUCAUUGUUUAUGCCUCAAAUCGUGCAGCGGCUGGGAUAUCCGACCGUUAAGACUAACCUUUACACCGUGGCACCCAACAUCACAGGCGCUGUCAUGCUUCUUGUCCUAGCCUUUGCUUCGGAUGCCACCCGAAUCCGGUCCGUCUUCAUAGUCCUUGGGUUCCUGUUCACUUUUGCAGGUUUUAUGAUCUAUGCCUCAAUCAACGACGUGCAAGCUCAGAUCAGACUUGCGUAUUAUGCUACUUUCAUGAUGACAUGGGGCACUUCCGCGCCAUCGGUACUCUUGAGUACUUGGUACAACAAUAACGUCGCCCACGAGGGCAGACGGGUCUUACUGACGAGUAUCGGUGUGCCUCUUGCCAAUCUGAUGGGGUUGGUAAGUAGCAACGUCUUCAGAUCCAAGGAUAAACCAAAAUACAUGCCAGCACUCAUCACGAUUGCUGCGUUUGGGGCAACCGGUGCAUUAUUGGCUGCGUUACUCGGGAUCUAUAUGUGGCUAGAUAACAAGAGAAGAGAUCGACAGGCUGGAGUGAAGAUUGAUGCUCGAGAUGUACCGACAGAGAGGCUGAGAAACGGCCCCGAUAGUCCAGAAUUCCGCUGGUUUCUCUAA